AUGGAUCAUUGGGCACUUCGCUUCCUACCAAGGAAAGUCAAUACAAAAUAUGGACCAAAAAUUUUGGGAAUUGUGGAAAGCGAGUUUUCAAUUUUCUUCCCGAAUCGAACCAACCGGAUGCUCAUUGAUGAUGAAGAGCAGUUAACUUCACUGAUCGAUUUGGCCUCAGCAGGAGAACUUUACUUGAAUUAUUUCGGAACAGCUUAUCACAACUAUAAAUAUUCCGAAGAUGAACUGGAUAGUCCACCAAUUGAGGCUGCACUUAUAAUUCUUUAA